GGCGGGGACUUGGGGGAGGGGCGAGGGCGAGCCACACCGCUGCAUGCCCGGGACACUGGUGGCAGCGCUCGCGUCCCCGCCCUCCCCAGCCCUGCGAGACCACCAAGCUGCGCCGUCGGGUUGACAAGGCCGGGAGCAGUUCCUGUCCCUGGCUCGGCGCGGGGGAGACGUGAGCGUGCACACGUACACACACAGCAGGGGAAGAGGCGCUCCAAGCGGCGCCCAACUUUCUCUCAGCUUCUGCAGGCCAGGGGAGAAAGCAGCUGGGAGCAGUCCAACCCUGGCCGUGCUUGGGGAGGGGGUCGAACAAGAAGGGAGAAAAGAUGGAGAGAAUUUCCCCUCUCUUUUUUUCUUUGUUUGCACCCCUUCCAUCCGAUGACUCUAGAGUAAAGGGAACCUGAAGCGGAGCGGCAAGUAGCGCUUUGGGAAAAUGCAAGAGUGUGUUUGGAGACGCGAAGUUGCCUUUCAAGCUCUGGCCUCCGGGCACGCGAUGCUCCGCGGCGGGCUGACUCAGGGCUGUCUGGGCCUCCCUGCCACCCUCCUGGAAAUGAUGCAAGUCUGACUGUCACCUGGAUCCCUGCAGCCCAGCGUGGAAUCCGUCUGGGUUGGGGGAGGGCCGAGAAACGACACCCCAGGUGUUGCACGGCCCACCAAAGCAGAAAGGGCUGUUGCUCAGGCCAAAUACUAUAUCUACUGCUUCUGCGCCUAUCUUCAAUCGUGCUUUAUUUUUUUUUUAAUGCAGAGUGUCACAACGCUAGGAAUUCCCAUACGUGCUCAGUUGGCCCACAGCAUCUCUGUGCCCAGGAAACUGCUCCAAAAAAGGCCUCGGAGCUGGGAAUCUCACUAAAUUGGAAAAGGUGGAAAGAAACUUUCCCAGCCCGAUGCGGUGUGAUGCGAGCCAGGGACCUGGAAGACGCUGUCCCAGAGCAGUCCGCCCCACUUGCCCUUCUCCAGCUGUAACUAGCGCUGGGAUUCGCUUCUGUAACGAGUGCCGAAGUCCGUGCGGCCAUUGCCCGGGAGCCCCCGCACACGCGCGCGCAUCUCCGGCCGCGCUCGCACUCACACGCGCACGCGGACGCCCGGGCCGCCAGGUCUGCAACUUUGUCGGGCGCUCCCAGCGGCGCUCGGCUUCCUCUCGUAGUAGUUGGGCGCAGGCCCCGCCUCCCGGCCGUGUUGUCAAACGGGCCGGGGUCCCGGAUUGGUCCAGCCGCCGGGACAACACCUGCUCGACUCCUUCAUUCAAGUGACACCAGAGCUUCCAGGGAUAUUUGAGGCACCAUCCCUGCCAUUGCCGGGCAUUCGCGGCGCUGCUAACGGCCUGGUCACAUGCUCUCUGGAGAGCUACGGGAGGGCGCUGGGUAACCUCUAUCGGAGCCGCGGCCGCGAGGAAGAGGGAAAAGGCAAGCUAGGAGGAAGAGUGGGAGGAGGAGGGGAAGCGGCGGAGGAGGAAGAGGAGGAGGAGGAGCAGGAGGGGAGCACAAAGAAUCCAGGUCUCCCGGCGGGAGGUUUAUACCAAGAACCAUGUGUGCCGAGCGGCUGGGCCAGUUCGUGACCCUGGCUUUGGUGUUGGCCACCUUCGACCCAGCGCGAGGGACCGACGCCACCAACCCUCCCGAGGGUCCCCAAGACAGGGGCUCCCAGCAGAAAGGUCGCCUAUCCCUGCAGAACACAGCGGAGAUCCAGCACUGUUUGGUCAACGCUGGCGAUGUGGGGUGUGGCGUGUUUGAAUGUUUCGAGAACAACUCUUGUGAGAUUCGGGGCUUACAUGGGAUUUGCAUGACUUUUCUGCACAACGCUGGAAAAUUUGAUGCCCAGGGCAAGUCGUUCAUCAAAGACGCCUUGAAGUGCAAGGCCCACGCCCUGCGGCACAGGUUCGGCUGCAUAAGCCGGAAGUGCCCGGCCAUCAAGGAGAUGGUGUUCCAGCUGCAGCGGGAGUGCUACCUCAAGCACGACCUGUGCGCGGCCGCGCAGGAGAACACGCGGGUCAUCGUGGAGAUGAUACAUUUCAAGGACUUGCUGCUGCACGAACCCUACGUGGACCUCGUGAACUUGCUGCUGACCUGUGGGGAGGAGGUGAAGGAGGCCAUCACCCACAGCGUUCAGGCUCAGUGUGAGCAGAACUGGGGGGGCCUGUGCUCCAUCCUGAGCUUCUGCACCUCGGCCCUGCACCGGCCGCCCACGGUGCCGCCCGAGCGCCAGCUCCAGGUGGACAGAGCCAGGCUGCCCCGGGCCCACCGCGGGGAAGCGGGCCAUCGCCUCCCGGAGCCCGGCAGUAGGGAGGCCGGCCGAGGUGCCAAGGGCGAGGGAGGUAGCAAGAGCCACCCAAACGCCCAUGCCCGGGACAGAGCCGGGGGUCUCGGGGCCCAGGGACCUUCUGGAAGCAGCGAGUCGGAGGAUGAACAGUCCGAGUAUUCUGAUAUCCGGAGGUGAAACGAAAGGCCUGGCCACGAAAUCUUUCCUCCACGCCGUCCAUUUUCUUAUCUAUGGACAUUCCAAAACAUUUACCAUUAAAGAGGGGGGACGUCACGCAGGAUUUUGUGGGGCUUGUGGACUUCAUGAAGGUGUAUGUUAGCGGAAUGAACAGGUGAGGCGGGGACUCUGGGGCAGCGAGGUCUCGGUGGUGCCUGGCGGAAUCUGCCCUCCUGAGCGGGAGCGUGCGGCGCCCUCCUGGCCACUUGUCUUCCUUCCAUGCACAGGGCCAGUGGGGGGCAGCUGCUCUGCGGUGGGGGAGGGGCGGGGGCAGGCCCACCUGGGCUGGACCACACAGUGGGCGCUGGGCCCCACCCGGAGCUCCUGGUGCAGCAGCUCCUGGUGCUGUCUCCCUGGAGGUCGCGGCAGCAGUGAAUGCGAAGCUAUCACCGGAAUGCAGGGCAGGCUGGAGAGGAGGCAGGGCCCGAGGGGUGCUUGGUGCCAAACCAAAAUUCGGUUUCUUGCAUGGGACCUUGCAGUGCAGAGCUGCUCAGGGGGUGGGGGGACGAGUGUAAUGUCUAUGUGUAACUUCUGAGCCAUUGUUCUGUCUGGGGGACACUGUCCAAGGAAGUGGCCCCGGAGUUUAUAUUUUAACCACUGCUUCAAAUCUCAAUUUCACUUUUUUAUUUAUCCAGUUACAUCUACAUAUCUGUCGUCUAAAUAAAUGGCUUUUAAACAAAGCAACUGGGUCAUUAAAACCAGCUCAAAAGAGGGGGGAAAACCCCCAGCCCAUCCUUUGGGGCUGAUUUUGUUUUGUUUUGUUUUUGUCUUAAGUCCUAUUUAAAAAGGAAUCAAACAGCAGUGUGGCUGUACAUCUGACCUCCUAACUUGGGCCCGUACCCACUUGGGGCAAAUCUUCUCCCCAGGGAAAAGGCACACAGGAAGGAUACCUUUGACAGAUUGCCCUUAGAACUCUGUCUUCUCACCUUGACCACCAGCCAAGAUCGAUAAGGCACCUUACUGGGGAUCCUGUGAGGCCCAGUUGGAAACCCGACUUCUCCGUGCUAGAGCAUGGGAAAGGGGAGAAGAGGAUGAAGACUACUUUGCAAUUCCCAUUAGGAAAUGCUGACCUUUUGCAUAAAUGGAGGAGACUGCUGCAAAUCUCUAAGGGACAGGAUUUUCCAGAUCCUAAUUGGAAAUUUAGCAACGAGGAGUCAAAGUGGACAAAAGAAAGGCAGAGAGAAGAGAUGGAGCUUAAAAUACAAGGAAGGGAGGGAGAGGAUUAUCAUGGAAAAUGUCAGCAGUGGAUUUAUUGUGGUUACGUAAAACAUCUCAUAGAUAGGCCUUUUUUUUUCCUAAAGGCUAUCAAAUUAAAGCUUGUCCUUUCUCGAAGCCAGUCUCAAAUGGGAGCUGUAUUGUGGGGGGGGGGGGGGAGGCGUUCUUAGCCAGCCCUCCUGGAGCGGGUCGGCUCACUUUUGCUGUAAAGGACCAGACAGCAAAUGCUGUACUUUUCAGUUUGGCAGACCACGAGGUCUCUGUCGAAACUACUCAACUCUGCCAUUGUAGCACAAAAGCAGCCAUAGACAGCACAUAAACGAAAGGGCUUGGCUCUGCUCCAGUAAGACUUUAUUUAACAGGCCAGAGACCAAGAAGUUAAAUGUGUCUGCUCUAAAAUGACUUGUUCUAGGGAAUAGCGUUACCCAAAGCUCAGCUAGCAUUUAUAUGCCCCAAAUCCAACCCCAAUCUUCCACGGUCCAUGUUGGGAAAAACUCAUCUGGGGGAAGGGAACGUGCCAGGAGACGCACCCAGCAAGAGCUGGGGCUGCAGCGAGCGGAGGAGCUGGUGCACUUAAUCCAGCUCUGCCUCAGGGGGAGGAGGACCUGCGCGUCCGGCUCUGCCAUGGGAACCAGGCUGUCCCCUGCGCGGCCACUGCAGCGCAUUGACUGUUUCACUCACAUCACUCAAAAGCUAAAGCAAUAACAUUCUCCUCACUGCUGAGUCAGCAGUCCAUUUGUUCUCCAGCUCCUGGACUGGACGUGUGAAAGGCAUCACUUUUAUAUUUUCCUCCGUGUAAAUGUUUUAUGUGUUCGCCUACUGAUGUCCCAUUUGUUGCUUCUAUUGUAAAUAUUUGUCAUCUGUAUUUAUUACCUCUGUGUUUCCCCCCCUAAGGCAUAAAAUUGCUUACCAUGUUCAUUUGAACCUAUUUGCUGAUCUCUGUUGUGUAUUUUUCAUGCCACUGACUUGUUUUUUUCUCAGAAGUCAGAUAGAUAUAUCAUUUCAUUCUGGUUCCUAAUGUUACCAGAAGCAUACAAGAGUAUUUAUUGCUUAGAUUCUUCUACUCAAAACCGAAGAAAGUCCAAAUUCCUGUUAGCAAUGAUUUGGGGCAUUUGCACAAUCUAAAAUGUAAGCAAAGUAGUCAUUAAAAAUAGACCCUGUGCUUGGGUUUCAUGCUUCAUACAGAUUUAUCACAAGCCUUCCUUUGAGGAAGGUGCAGAUCUCCAAAUAAAGACAUGAUGUUUAUUUUGAGCUUUGCAUCUUAACGAGAUGAUCUGAACACCUCUCCUUUGCAUCAGUAAAGAGCCCUGUGAUUCUGACAUGAGAGGCCAAGUAUAUAAAAUGCUGACACUAAAACUAAAUAAAUAGAAACUACCAGCCCAGAACUGCAGUCAUACUUUGAGACUCACACACACAAAGGGAGAGAUUCAAACUCAAACCAAGCAAGAGGCUUUUGCUAAACAACAUGGAAAAACAAUGCUUCCAGUGGCCGCUUCCUAAGGAAGAACAACAGCCCCGUCUGAUCUCAGAGUUGGCACCGCGCGAGCUUGCUAAGUCAUAGUAUCUGUUUCUGUUCUGGAUUUAGGCAACAGGACCUGUGCGUUGACACACUGCAUUAUUUUUCUUCAAGCAUUAAUAAAGGUUUUAAAUAAAUGGC